AUGCAUGCGAUCAGGUCAACACAGGCACCGAAUGCCAUCAGGAGACUUGUCACCCAAACAGCGACACACAAGAGUCCGCUUCUACUUCCAGUCCAUUCCUUACCCCGAGCACUGAUCGCCUCGCGCGGCGGUGUCUUCUUGCAGUCCCCUUCUUUCCUUGCCGCAAAGAACGGCUUUUCAACGUCGAGCAAACUUGCGACAGCGGCUACGACUGAUCUGCAAGCUGAACUUUUGGAGGGAGUCACAUUUGGCGACUUCCCUUCACGAACGCACAAGUGUGGACAGUUGAACCAGACCAACGUCGGAGAGCAUGUCGUCUUGACAGGAUGGGCACAAAACAUCAGAAAGUUCUCGGACGAACUGAUCUUCCUCCCAUUAAGAGAUUCUUCAGGAACAAUCCAACUCGUCCUGAAAGGCUCCAGCAACAACGCAUCGACAACAGCAGCACGACAGAUUCUUCAGGAUUUGACGGCCGAGAGUGUGAUCUGGGUCGAGGGCAAGGUCGUGGCACGCGAGGCUAAUACGAUUAACCGCCAAAUGGCUACAGGAGAAAUUGAGAUUGAGUUGUCCACUGUCCGGAUCUUGAAUAAGACUCAUAAGCCCUUGCCCUUCUUGCCUACCAACCAGGAAUUGGUCAAUGAGGAAGUGAGGCUGAAGUAUAGAUGCUUGGACCUUCGUCGGGAGACACUUCAAAAGAACUUGCGUAACCGCUCAUUGGCAGCAUGGACGAUCCGCGACUACCUCGUCCAGAACGACUUUGUGGAAGUGGAAACGCCGAUGCUGUUCAAGUCAACACCAGAGGGCGCACGAGAGUUUGUGGUACCCACCAGGAACGCUGGGUCCUUCUACGCCCUCCCCCAGAGUCCACAGCAGUACAAGCAACUUCUUAUGGCAAGUGGAAUGGACAGAUACUUCCAGAUCGCAAAGUGCUUCAGAGACGAGGAUCUCCGCGCAGAUCGCCAACCCGAGUUCACACAGAUCGAUCUGGAAGUAUCAUUUGGGUCAGCCCGGGACAUCCAGAACCUAGUUGAAGGCCUCGUCCGCUCAGUAUGGAGAAAACUCAAAUCUGUCGAACUCUUUGACGGAAAGGAGUUCCCUCGGAUGAACUACCAAGUCGCCAUGUCCAAGUAUGGGUCCGACAAACCCGACACUCGAUUCGGUCUGGAGAUUCAACAUGUUACGGAUAUUACGGGAGAUAAUAUUGUCGAGGGUAUUGUUUUGAAGGCAGAUAUGAAGUUGUCGGGAUCCGAGCUCAAGAAACUCGCUCAGCUUGACAAUAAGAUGUUACCAGUGGUCAAGGUCACGGAAAAGAAUAUCGACACAUGGAUGCAAAAGCUGCCAUAUACGCAUGAGAUCCAGGGACUUGUGGAUGUACCUGCUGUGAAUUCUAAAGUCGGCAUUCAGAUCGGGGACACCAUCAUUUUGAACAAGCGACCUGCCUUCCUCUCCGGUGGUCAAACGGAACUAGGCAAAGUCCGCCUCGAACUCGCCAACGUCCUCAAGUCCAAAGGCUUGAUGGAGAUCCCAGCAUCACAGUACAACUUCCUCUGGGUAGAAGGCUUCCCGCUCUUCUCCCCACCCGAACAAAUCCUCUCGACCGAUCAACAAUCCCGUGGCGUCCGUUUCCAAGCUACCCACCACCCCUUCACCGCCCCCCACCCCGACGACUUGCACCUCUUGCAAACUGCGCCUGAGAAGGUCCGCGGACAGCAUUAUGAUUUGGUGUUGAAUGGUGUCGAGAUUGGAGGUGGGUCUAUCCGUAUCCAUUCACCCAAAUUGCAGACUUAUGUCUUUGACCACGUCCUCAAGAUGUCAGAACAAGAAAGCUCAAGAUUUGCACACUUAAUCGAUGCACUCUCCUUCGGAUGCCCCCCACACGGAGGGCUCGCCCUAGGAUUCGAUAGACUGAUGGCCAUCUUGUGCGAGACCCCCUCGAUUCGGGACGUGAUCGCGUUCCCGAAGUCGGCUUCGGGUCGUGAUUUGGUCGUUGGGAGUCCCUCGGCGUUGACGGACCAGCAGUUGAACGAGUACAAGAUCCGUGUUGUGUAA